AUGAAAAGCAAGAUAGGCAAUGGAAACACCGAAAAGAAUGGCGAAAAGCACAACGAGCACGGACCCCCUUCUCUGCCUCUCCUUCUUUCCUUCCCCACCACUCUCUCCCGCUCCCUCUUUCAUUUCCCUGCCUCUCCCCCUCUUCCACUCCCACACUCAUUCCACUUCCCCCUCCCUUCAUCUCCUCCUUUCAUUCCCCCCUCCCUCUUCCUCUUUCAUACCACCACAUUCCUUCUCCCUCUUUCAUUCCCCUCCCCGCCUCCCUCCCUCUCCCUCCUACAUUCCACUUCAACCUCCCUCCCUUCCUCUCCCUCUCGCUUUUUCAUUACAGUUCCCCUCCCUCCCUCCUUCAUUCCACUCCCCCUCCUUCCCUCUCUCUCUUCCUCUUUCAUAACACCACCCUCCCUCUCCCUCUUUCAUUCCACUCCCCUCCCUCUUCCUCUUUCAUACCACCUUCCUCUUUCACCCUCUUUCAUUCCCCUCCCCGCCUCCCUCCCUCCCUCUCUCUCUACAUUCCACUUCAACCUCCCUCCCUUCCUCUCCCUCUCGCUUUUUAAUUACAAUUCCCCUUCCUCCCUCAUUCAUUCCACCCCCCUCCCUCCCUCCCUCUCCCUCUCCCUCUUCCUCUUUCAUACCACCAGCCUCCGUCUCCCUCUUUCAUCCCCCUCCCCUCCCCGCCUCCCUCCCUCUCCCUCCUACAUUUCCACUUCAACCUCCAUGCCUUCCCCUCCCUCUCGCUUUUUCAUUAAAAUUCCCCCUCCCCCUUUUUCAUUCUACUCCCCCUCCCUCCCUCCCUCCCUCUCCCUCUUCCUCUUUCAUACCACCACCCUCCCUCUCCCUCUUUCAUUCCACUUCCCUCCCUCUCCCUCUUCCUCUUUCAUACCACCUCCCUCUUUCAAUCUCUUUCGUUCCCCUCCGCCUCCCUCCAUCUCCCUCCUUCAUUCCACUUCCACCUCCCUCCCUCCCCCUCUUUCAUUCCACUUCCCCCUCUUGCAUAUCACCUCCCUCCUUCUCCCUGUAUCAUUUCACUUCCAACUCCCUCCCUCUUUCAUUCCACCUCCCUCCCUCUUCCUCUUUCAUUCCACUUCCCCCUCCCUCCCUCUCCCUCUUUCAUUCCACUCCCCCCUCACCCUUUUUCACUCCACUUCCACUCCAUCUCUCUCUCCCUCUUUCAUUCCCCCUCCCUCCCUCUUCCUUUUUCAUUCCACUUCCCCCUCCAUCCCUCACCCUUUUUCAUUCCACUUCCACCUUCCUCCCUCUUUCAUUCCACCUCCCUCCCUCUUCCUAUUUCAAUCCACUUCCCCCUCCCUCCCUCUCCCUCGUUCAUUCCACUUCACCCUCCCUCUCUCUCUCCCUCUUUCAUUCCACAUACACCUCCCUCCCUCUCUCCAUUUUCAUCCACUUCCACCUCCCUCCCACCCCAUCUUUCAUUCCACUUCCCCCUCCCUCCCUCUCCCUCGUUCAUUCCACAUCCACCUCCCUCCCUCUCCAUCUUUCUUUUCACUUCCACCUCCCUCUCCCCUUUUCAUUCCCCUAUCCCUACCUCCCUUCCGAAACGCACGGAAAGCAAUGGAAAUACCGAUAAGAAAGGCGAAAAGCACAAAGAGCACGAACAAACUCUCUAUCUCAUUCUCCCUCUCGCUCUCCCUCUUUCAUUCGCCUUCCCCCUCCCCCUUCUUUCCCUCCCUAUCCUAA